ACCUCGGAGCCCCGGGGGCAGCGGGAGGUGGGGAGAAUGCCGCCUGGGGUGGGUAAGUUCGGGGCUCGGGUGCCGCUGGAAUUUCCCAUUGUCGCGCGCGCCGCGGCCCCCGGACCUGCGAGUGCCUCCUCCCUCCGGAGGUGUGCGGAGCCUUUGUGUGCCAGGUCCGAUCCGUACUGGGUGCAAUGAAAGCUCCACGCAGGCCUUACCAUGGAAGGCUGUGACUCGCCUGUCGUCUCGGGGAAGGACAAUGGGUGCGGUAUCCCUCAGCACCAGCAAUGGACUGAACUCAACAGCACCCACCUCCCCGACAAACCCAGUAGCAUGGAGCAGUCCACAAGCGAGAACCACGGGCCCCUGGACAGCCUGAGGGCCCCCUUCAAUGAGCGCCUCGUGGAGAGCACCGCCCCGGCUGGCCCUGCCGCCGAGCCCGCUGGCAAGGAGGUCAGCUGCAACGAGUGCUCGGCCUCCUUCGCCAGCCUCCAGACCUACAUGGAGCAUCACUGCCCCAGCGCGCACCCUCCGCCGCCCCUGAGGGAGGAGAGCGGGAGCGACAGCAGCGAGGAGGGGGAUGAGGAGAGUGACGUGGAGAACCUGGCUGGGGAGAUAGUGUACCAGCCGGACGGCUCGGCGUACAUCGUUGAGAGCCUGAGCCAGCUGACCCAGGGUGGGGGCACCUGCGGCAGCGGCAGCGGGCCUCUCCCGCUCUUUCUGAACUCUCUCCCCGGGGCGGGGGGCAAACAAGGGGACCCUUCUUGUGCUGCACCUGUCUACCCACAGAUCAUCAACACGUUCCACAUAGCCUCAUCCUUCGGGAAAUGGUUUGAGGGCCCAGACCAGGCUUUCCCGAGUACCUCAGCCCUGUCGGGGCUCAGCCCCGUCCUGCACAGCUUCCGCGUUUUCGACGUGCGACACAAAAGCAACAAGGAUUACCUGAACAGCGACGGCUCUGCCAAAAGCUCCUGCGUAUCCAAAGAUGUUCCCAACAAUGUGGACCUGUCCAAAUUCGAUGGCUUCGUGCUCUACGGCAAGAGGAAGCCCAUCCUGAUGUGUUUCUUGUGCAAACUCUCCUUCGGGUACGUCCGUUCCUUUGUGACCCACGCGGUGCACGACCAUCGAAUGACCCUGAGCGAAGACGAGCGGAAAAUUCUUAGCAAUAAGAACAUCUCCGCUAUCAUCCAAGGGAUUGGCAAAGACAAGGAACCCCUUGUAAGUUUUCUGGAACCAAAAAACAAAAACUUUCAACUCCCUUUAGUUUCCACCGCUAACCUCAUAGGCCCCGGACACAGUUUUUAUGGUAAAUUUAGUGGCAUUCGCAUGGAAGGGGAGGAGGCUCUCCCCGCCGGCCCCGCCGCCGGCCCCGAGCAGCCCCAGGCUGGCAUCUUGACCCCCAGCACCCUCUUGAACCUUGGCGGGCUCACCAGCUCAGUCCUGAAGACCCCCAUUACCUCAGUCCCCCUGGGGCCUCUGGCCUCCAGUCCUACCAAAUCCUCAGAGGGCAAGGACUCUGGGGCAGCAGAAGGAGAGAAGCAAGAAGUGGGCGAUCCGGAUUGCUUCUCCGAGAAAGCAGAGCCAGCCGAGGAGGAGGCGGAGGAGGAGGAAGAGGAAGAAGAGGCAGAGGAGGAGGAGGAAGAUGAGGAGGAGGAAGAGGAGGAGGAGGAAGAUGAGGGUUGCAAAGGACUCUUUCCAAGUGAGUUGGAUGAUGAGCUGGAGGACAGGCCCCCUGAGGAGUCAGGGGCCGCGGCAGGUAGUAGCAGAAAAAAGGACUUUGCUCUCUCAAACCAAAGCAUUUCUAACUCCCCCUUAAUGCCUAAUGUGCUCCAGACCCUGUCGAGGGGCGCAGCUUCUACUAGUUCUAAUUCCGCUUCUUCCUUUGUUGUCUUUGAUGGUGCGAACAGGAGGAAUCGUUUAAGCUUUAACAGUGAGGGCGUCAGGGCCAACGUGGCAGAGGGCGGCAGGAGGCUGGACUUUGCUGAUGAAAGUGCCAAUAAAGACAAUGCCACAGCACCAGAACCAAAUGAAAGCACAGAGGGUGACGAUGGGGGCUUCGUCCCCCAUCACCAGCACGCUGGCUCCCUCUGCGAGCUUGGGGUCGGGGAGUGCCCCUCGGGGAGUGGCGUGGAGUGCCCCAAAUGCGAUACGGUCCUGGGCUCCUCCCGCUCGCUGGGCGGCCACAUGACCAUGAUGCAUUCUCGUAACUCGUGCAAGACACUCAAGUGCCCCAAGUGCAACUGGCACUACAAGUACCAGCAGACGCUGGAGGCACACAUGAAGGAGAAGCACCCAGAGCCGGGGGGCUCCUGCAUCUACUGCAAAAGCGGGCAGCCCCACCCUCGGCUGGCUCGAGGCGAGAGCUACACGUGUGGUUACAAGCCUUUCCGCUGUGAGGUGUGUAACUACUCCACAACUACCAAAGGCAACCUCAGUAUUCAUAUGCAGUCCGACAAGCAUCUCAACAACAUGCAGAACCUGCAGAACGGAGGAGGGGAGCAGGUCUUCAGCCACACGGCUGGGGCGGCGGCUGCGGCAGCUGCAGCGGCCGCGGCGGCAGCCAAUAUUGGUAGCUCCUGCGGGGCCCCGUCGCCCACCAAACCAAAAACCAAACCCACCUGGCGGUGCGAGGUGUGCGAUUACGAGACCAACGUGGCUCGGAACCUCCGCAUCCACAUGACCAGCGAGAAGCACAUGCAUAACAUGAUGCUGCUGCAGCAGAACAUGACCCAGCUCCAACACAACCGCCACCUGGGCCUCGGCAGCCUGCCCUCGCCCGCCGAGGCCGAGCUCUACCAGUACUACCUGGCCCAGAACAUGAACCUGCCCAACCUGAAGAUGGACAGCGCCGCCUCGGACGCCCAGUUCGUGAUGAGUGGAUUCCAGCUGGAUCCCACGGGGCCCAUGGCCGCCAUGACGCCCGCUCUAGUGGGCGGUGAGAUCCCCAUAGACAUGCGGCUCGGGGGCGGGCAGCUGGUGUCGGAGGAGCUGAUGAACCUGGGCGAGAGCUUCAUCCAGACCAAUGACCCGUCGCUGAAGCUCUUCCAGUGCGCUGUCUGCAACAAGUUCACCACGGACAACCUGGACAUGCUGGGGCUGCACAUGAACAUGGAGCGCAGCCUCCCCGAGGACGAGUGGAAGGCUGUGAUGGGGGACUCGUACCAGUGCAAGCUCUGCCGCUACAACACCCAGCUCAAGGCCAACUUCCAGCUGCACUGCAAGACGGACAAGCACGUGCAGAAGUACCAGCUGGUGGCCCACAUCAAGGAGGGCGGCAAAGCCAACGAGUGGCGGCUCAAGUGCGUGGCCAUUGGCAACCCCGUCCACCUCAAGUGCAAUGCCUGUGACUAUUACACCAACAGCUUGGAGAAGCUGCGGCUGCACACGGUCAACUCCAGGCACGAGGCCAGCCUGAAGCUGUACAAGCACCUGCAGCAGCACGAGAGUGGCGUGGAAGGCGAGAGCUGCUACUACCACUGCGUCCUGUGCAACUACUCCACCAAGGCCAAGCUCAACCUCAUCCAGCACGUGCGCUCCAUGAAGCACCAGCGCAGCGAGAGCCUGCGAAAGCUGCAGCGGCUGCAGAAGGGCCUUCCAGAGGAGGACGAGGACCUGGGGCAGAUCUUCACCAUCCGCAGGUGCCCCUCCACCGACCCAGAAGAAGCCAUUGAAGAUGUUGAAGGGCCCAGUGAAGCGGCUGCUGAUCCCGAGGAGCUUGCUAAAGACCAGGAGGGUGGAGGCGAGAAGGACCAGAGCAAGUGGACAGCAUCGUCCAGCCAAGCAGAGAAGGAGCUGACAGAUUCUCCUGCAACCGCCAAACGCAUCUCCUUCCCAGGUAGCUCGGAACCUCCUGUGUCUUCGAAGCGACCAAAAACAUCGGAGGAGACCAAACCCGAGCAGAUGUACCAGUGUCCCUACUGCAAGUACAGCAAUGCCGACGUCAACCGGCUGCGUGUGCAUGCCAUGACGCAGCACUCGGUGCAGCCCAUGCUCCGCUGCCCCCUGUGUCAGGACAUGCUCAACAACAAGAUCCACCUGCAGCUGCACCUCACCCACCUCCACAGCGUGGCCCCCGACUGCGUGGAGAAGCUCAUCAUGACGGUGACCACCCCUGAGAUGGUGAUGCCCAGCAGCAUGUUCCUCCCGGCAGCCGUUCCGGAUCGAGACGGGAGCUCUAGUUUGGAGGAGGCAGGAAAGCAGCCUGAAACCUCAGAGGAUCUGGGAAAGAACAUCUUGCCCUCCAUGAGCACAGAACAUGGUGGAGAUUUGAAACCCACUCCUGCUGACUCGGGCUCUGUGAGAGAGGAGGCCGGCUUCCUCUGCUGGAAGAAAGGGUGCAACCAGGUUUUCAAAACUUCUGCUACUCUUCAGACGCACUUCAAUGAGGUUCAUGCCAAGAGGCCUCAGCUGCCCGUGUCCGAUCGCCACGUGUACAAGUACCGCUGCAAUCAGUGCAGCCUGGCUUUCAAGACUGUUGAAAAGCUGCAGCUCCAUUCUCAGUACCACGUGAUCAGAGCUGCCACCAUGUGCUGUCUGUGUCAGCGCAGUUUCCGAACUUUCCAGGCUCUGAAAAAACACCUCGAGACGAGCCACCUGGAGUUGAGUGAGGCUGACAUCCAGCAGCUUUAUGGUGGCCUUCUGGCAAAUGGGGACCUCCUGGCAAUGGGAGACCCCACCCUGGCCGAGGACCACACCAUCAUCGUUGAGGAAGACAAGGAGGAAGAGAGUGACGUGGAGGAUAAACAGAGCCCAACGGGCAGCGACUCUGGCUCAGUACAAGAAGACUCAGGAUCAGAGCCAAAGAGAGCUCUGCCUUUCAGGAAAGGCCCCAACUUCACCAUGGAAAAAUUUCUAGACCCUUCUCGCCCUUACAAGUGUACCGUCUGCAAGGAAUCUUUCACUCAGAAGAACAUCCUGCUAGUGCACUACAAUUCUGUCUCCCACCUCCAUAAGUUAAAGAGGGCCCUUCAAGAAUCAGCAACUGGUCAGCCAGAACCCACCAGCAGCCCCGACAACAAACCUUUUAAGUGUAACACUUGUAACGUGGCCUACAGCCAGAGUUCCACUUUGGAGAUCCACAUGAGGUCUGUGCUGCAUCAAACCAAGGCCCGGGCGGCCAAGCUGGAGGCUGCAAGUGGCAGUAGCAAUGGGACUGGGAACAGCAGCAGUGUCUCCCUGAGCUCCUCCACCCCAAGUCCUGUGAGCACCAGUGGCAGUAACACCUUUACCACCACCAAUCCAAGUAGUGCUGGCAUUGCUCCGAGCUCCAACUUACUGAGCCAAGUGCCUGCUGAAAGUGCAGGAAUGCCACCCCUGGGGAAUCCCAUCGGUGCCAACGUUGCUUCGCCAUCAGAGCCCAAGGAGGCCAAUCGGAAGAAGCUGGCAGAUAUGAUCGCAUCCAGGCAGCAGCAGCAGCAGCAGCAGCAGCAACAGCAACAACAACAGCAACAGCAGCAGCAGCAGCAGCAGCAGCAGCAGCAGCAGCAAGCACAGACACUGGCCCAGGCCCAGGCUCAAGUUCAAGCUCACCUGCAGCAGGAGCUGCAGCAGCAGGCGGCCCUGAUCCAGUCUCAGCUGUUUAACCCCGCCCUCCUUCCUCACUUCCCCAUGACUACGGAGACCCUGCUCCAGCUGCAGCAGCAGCAGCACCUCCUCUUCCCCUUCUACAUCCCCAGUGCGGAGUUCCAGCUCAACCCCGAGGUGAGCUUGCCGGUGACCAGCGGGGCGCUGACGCUGACUGGGACAGGCCCGGGCCUGCUGGAAGAUCUGAAGGCGCAGGUGCAGAUCCCGCAACAGGGCCACCAGCAGAUCCUACAGCCGCAGCCGCAGCCAAGCCAGCUCUCUCUGUCCCAGAGUCACUCUGCCCUCCUACAGCCCAGCCAGCACCCUGAAAAGAAAAACAAACUAGUCAUGAAAGAAAAGGAAAAAGAAAGCCAGAGAGAGAGAGAAGGUGCUGAGGGGGGAGAGGGCAACGCCGGACCAAAGGAAUCACUGCCAGAUGCCUUGAAGGCCAAAGAGAAGAAAGAGCUGGCGCCGGGGGGCGGUUCUGAGCCUUCCAUGCUGCCUCCACGCAUCGCCUCGGAUGCCAGAGGGAAUGCCACCAAGGCCUUGCUGGAGAACUUUGGCUUUGAGCUGGUCAUUCAGUACAACGAGAACAAGCAGAAGGUGCAGAAGAAGAACGGGAAGACGGAGCAGGGGGAGAACUUGGAAAAGCUCGAGUGUGACUCCUGCGGCAAGUUGUUUUCUAACAUCUUGAUUUUAAAGAGUCAUCAAGAGCACGUUCAUCAAAAUUACUUUCCCUUUAAACAGCUGGAGAGAUUUGCCAAGCACUCGCCGCUGAUGAUGCAGACGAUGCCACUGCAGACCUUGCCGGCUCAGCUGCCCCCUCAGCUCGGACCUGUGGAGCCUCUGCCUGCGGACCUGGCCCAGCUGUACCAGCAUCAGCUCAAUCCCAGUCUGCUCCAGCAGCAGAACAAGAGGCCUCGCACCAGGAUCACGGAUGACCAGCUCCGAGUCUUGCGGCAGUAUUUUGACAUUAACAACUCCCCCAGUGAAGAGCAGAUCAAAGAGAUGGCAGACAAGUCCGGGUUGCCCCAGAAAGUGAUCAAGCACUGGUUCAGAAACACUCUGUUCAAAGAGCGGCAGCGUAACAAGGACUCCCCUUACAACUUCAGCAAUCCUCCUAUCACCAGCCUGGAGGAGCUCAAGAUCGACUCCCGGCCCCCUUCGCCAGAACCUCAGAAGCAGGAGUACUGGGGGAGCAAGAGGUCUUCGAGAACGAGGUUUACUGACUACCAGCUGAGGGUCCUGCAGGACUUCUUUGAUGCCAACGCUUACCCAAAGGACGAUGAAUUUGAGCAACUCUCUAAUUUACUGAACCUUCCAACCCGCGUCAUCGUAGUCUGGUUUCAAAAUGCCCGACAGAAGGCCAGAAAAAAUUAUGAGAAUCAGGGAGAGGGCAAAGAUGGCGAGCGGCGUGAGCUUACAAACGAUAGGUAUAUUCGAACGAGCAACUUGAACUACCAGUGCAAAAAAUGUAGCCUGGUGUUUCAGCGCAUCUUUGAUCUUAUCAAGCACCAGAAGAAGUUGUGUUACAAGGAUGAGGAUGAGGAGGGGCAGGAUGACAGCCAAAACGAGGAUUCCAUGGAUGCCAUGGAAAUCCUGACGCCCACCAGCUCCUCCUGCAGCACCCCAAUGCCCUCACAGGCUUACAGCGCCCCAGCACCAUCAGCCAACACGGCUUCCUCUGCUUUCUUGCAGCUCACAUCAGAGGCUGACGAACUGGCCACCUUCAGUUCAAAACCAGAGGCGAGUGAUGAGAAACCAAAGCAGGCUGAACCCCCCAGUGCACAGCCAAACCAAACCCAAGAAAAGCAAGGACAACCAAAGGUAGAGCUGCAGCAGCAAGACCAGCCGGAGCAGAAGUCAAACACAGCUCAGCCAAAGCUCCCGCCGCUGACGUCCCCGGCUUCAUUAUCGCAGGCUCCUCCACAGGCGCCCCCGCCUCAGUGCCCCUUACCCCAGUCAAGCCCCAGCCCCUCCCAGCUCUCCCACCUGCCCCUUAAGCCCCUCCACACGUCAACUCCGCAGCAGUUGGCCAACCUACCUCCUCAGCUAAUCCCCUACCAGUGUGACCAGUGUAAGUUGGCGUUUCCAUCAUUUGAGCACUGGCAGGAGCAUCAGCAGCUGCACUUCCUGAGUGCACAGAACCAGUUCAUCCACCCUCAGUUUUUGGACAGGUCACUGGAUAUGCCUUUCAUGCUGUUUGACCCUAGUAACCCCCUCCUGGCCAGCCAGCUGCUCUCCGGGGCCAUACCUCAGAUUCCAGCAAGCUCGGCCACUUCCCCUUCCACCCCGACCUCCACGAUGAACACUCUGAAGAGGAAGCUGGAGGAGAAGGCCAGCGCGAGCCCUGGCGAGAACGACAGCGGGACGGGAGGCGAAGAACCUCAGAGAGACAAGCGUUUGAGGACAACUAUUACACCGGAACAGCUGGAAAUUCUCUACCAAAAGUAUCUGUUGGACUCCAAUCCAACUCGAAAGAUGUUGGAUCACAUUGCACAUGAGGUGGGCUUGAAGAAACGUGUGGUACAAGUCUGGUUUCAGAACACCCGAGCCCGGGAAAGGAAAGGACAGUUCCGGGCGGUGGGUCCAGCACAGGCCCACAGGAGAUGCCCUUUUUGCAGAGCGCUCUUCAAAGCCAAGACUGCCCUGGAGGCUCACAUCCGGUCCCGUCACUGGCACGAAGCCAAGAGAGCAGGCUACAACCUAACGCUGUCCGCGAUGCUCUUAGACUGCGAUGGGGGACUCCAGAUGAAAGGAGAUAUUUUUGAUGGAACUAGCUUCUCCCACCUACCCCCAAGCAGUAGUGAUGGCCAAGGCGUUCCCCUCUCACCUGUGAGCAAAACCAUGGAGUUGUCUCCCAGAACUCUUCUUAGCCCUUCUUCCAUCAAGGUGGAAGGGAUCGAAGAUUUUGAAAGCCCCUCCAUGUCCUCGGUGAAUCUGAACUUUGACCAAACUAAGCUGGACAACGACGACUGUUCCUCCGUCAACACAGCGAUCACAGACACCACUACCGGAGAUGAGGGCAACGCGGAUAACGACAGUGCGACGGGAAUAGCGACAGAAACCAAAUCCUCCUCUGCGCCCAGCGAAGGGCUGACCAAAGCGGCCAUGAUGGCAAUGUCUGAGUAUGAGGAUCGGCUGUCAUCUGGUCUGGUCAGCCCAGCCCCGAGCUUCUACAGCAAGGAAUAUGACAAUGAAGGUACCGUGGACUACAGUGAAACCUCGAGCCUUGCAGACCCCUGCUCCCCGAGCCCUGGUGCGAGCGGGUCAGCCGGCAAAUCUGGAGACGGCGGGGAUCGGCCCGGGCAGAAGCGUUUUCGCACUCAGAUGACCAAUCUGCAGCUGAAGGUCCUUAAGUCAUGCUUUAAUGACUACAGGACACCCACUAUGCUGGAGUGUGAGGUCCUGGGCAAUGACAUUGGACUGCCAAAGAGAGUUGUUCAGGUCUGGUUCCAGAAUGCCCGGGCAAAAGAGAAGAAGUCCAAGUUAAGCAUGGCCAAGCAUUUUGGUAUAAACCAAACAAGUUACGAGGGACCCAAGACAGAGUGCACUUUGUGUGGCAUCAAGUACAGCGCUCGGCUGUCUGUACGUGACCAUAUCUUUUCCCAACAGCAUAUCUCCAAAGUUAAAGACACCAUCGGAAGCCAGCUGGACAAGGAGAAAGAAUACUUUGACCCAGCCACUGUACGUCAGUUGAUGGCCCAGCAAGAGUUGGACCGGAUUAAAAAGGCCAAUGAGGUCCUCGGACUGGCAGCUCAGCAGCAAGGGAUGUUUGACAACGCCCCUCUUCAGGCUCUCAACCUCCCUACAGCAUACCCAGCGCUCCAGGGCAUCCCACCUGUGUUGCUCCCCGGCCUCAACAGCCCCUCCUUGCCAAGUUUCACUCCAUCCAACACAGCUUUAACGUCUCCUAAACCGAACUUGAUGGGUCUGCCCAGCACAACAGUUCCUUCCCCUGGCCUCCCCACAUCUGGAUUACCAAAUAAACCGUCCUCAGCAUCGCUGAGCUCCCCGACCCCAGCACAAGCCACCAUGGCGAUGGCCCCUCAGCCACCCCCCCAACCCCAGCAGCAGCAGCCACAGGUGCAGCCGCCGCUGCCAGCAGCCCAGCCACCCCCCGCGCCGCAGCUCCCGCCACAACCGCAGCAACAGCAACGCAAGGACAAAGACAGUGAGAAGGUGAAGGAGAAGGAGAAGGCACACAAAGGGAAAGGGGAACCCCUGCCUGUCCCCAAGAAGGAGAAAGGAGAGGCCCCCACGGCAGCCACCGCCACCAUCUCAGCACCGCUGCCAGCCAUGGAGUACGCCGUGGACCCCGCCCAGCUGCAGGCCCUGCAGGCAGCCUUGACGUCGGACCCCACGGCGCUGCUCACAAGCCAGUUCCUCCCUUACUUUGUACCAGGCUUCUCUCCUUACUACGCCCCCCACAUCCCUGGCACCCUGCAGAGCGGGUACCUGCAGCCUAUGUAUGGCAUGGAAGGCCUGUUCCCCUACAGCCCUGCGCUGUCGCAGGCCCUGAUGGGGCUGUCCCCGGGCUCCCUACUGCAGCAGUACCAGCAAUACCAGCAGAGUCUGCAGGAGGCGAUCCAGCAGCAGCGGCAACUACAGCAGCAACAGCAGCAACAGCAGCAGCAGCAGCAGCAGAAAGUGCAGCAGCAGCAGCAGCCCAAAGCAAGCCAAACCCCAGUCCCCCAGGGGGCUGCUUCCCCAGACAAAGACCCUGCCAAAGAAUCCCCCAAACCAGAAGAGCAGAAAAACGCACCCCGUGAGGUGUCCCCCCUCCUGCCGAAACCCCCCGAAGAGCCAGAAGCAGAAAGCAAAAGUGCGGACUCCCUCUACGACCCCUUCAUUGUUCCAAAGGUGCAGUACAAGUUGGUCUGCCGCAAGUGCCAGGCGGGCUUCGGUGACGAGGAGGCGGCGAGGAGCCACCUGAAGUCCCUCUGCUUCUUCGGCCAGUCUGUGGUGAACCUGCAAGAGAUGGUGCUUCACGUCCCCACGGGCGGCGGCGGCAGUGGCGGCGGCAGUGGCGGCGGUGGCAGUGGCGGCAGCGGCUCGUACCACUGCCUGGCGUGCGAGAGCGCGCUCUGUGGGGAGGAAGCUCUGAGUCAACAUCUCGAGUCGGCCUUGCACAAACACAGAACAAUCACGAGAGCAGCAAGAAACGCCAAAGAGCACCCUACUUAA